UGGAGCAAGGAGUUGCCUCUGGCUCCUGGUGCUGGGUCAGGAUCCCUGAUUCAGCACAGGCGAGGAGAGCUCACUCCUCACUGCCCGCUGUUUUGCUUUCUGCUCCAGGCAGCCCAUUCCCACCCAUUGGACCUGACAGGGAUCGUCCAGACCAAACUGGAGAUGGGCAGGGGAAACACUCACAUUGGGAUCCUGGCCUUGAUGGGAGAAAUCAUUGGUGUUGAAAAUAAGGAGCAGGCUAAGGACAGCGAUGAUGAUGAUGAAGUCACCGUUAGUGUGGACCGGGAUCGCUUCAUGGAUGAGUUCUUUGAACAGGUGGAAGAAAUUCGAGGGUUCAUCGAUAAAAUUUCUGAGAAUGUGGAGGAAGUGAAGAGGAAGCACAGUGCUAUUCUUGCGUCCCCCAACCCAGAUGAGAAAACAAAGGAGGAGCUCGAAGAAUUAAUGUCUGACAUCAAAAAGACAGCAAACAAAGUGCGCUCCAAGUUAAAGAGUAUUGAACAGAGUAUUGAACAAGAGGAAGGAUUGAAUAGAUCAUCUGCUGACCUGAGGAUAAGGAAAACACAGGUGAGUUGCGACGAGGUCAUGUUUUCCUACGGGCUGCAUUGUGCUCUCCUGCAUUCCACAUUGUCGCGCAAGUUUGUGGAGGUGAUGUCUGAGUACAAUGCCACCCAGUCUGACUACAGGGAGCGCUGCAAAGGGAGGAUUCAAAGACAGCUGGAAAUCACUGGCAGGACCACAACCAGUGAGGAGCUGGAAGACAUGCUGGAGAGCGGGAAUCCAGCCAUCUUCUCCUCUGGGAUCAUCAUGGAUUCCAACAUCACCAAGCAGGCACUGAAUGAGAUCGAGACGCGGCACAGCGAGAUCAUCAAGCUGGAGAACAGCAUCCGGGAGCUGCAUGACAUGUUCAUGGACAUGGCCAUGUUGGUGGAGAGCCAGGGCGAGAUGAUUGACCGCAUUGAGUACAACGUUGAGCACUCGGUGGACUACGUGGAGCGGGCUGUGUCUGACACCAAAAAGGCUGUUAAGUACCAGAGCAAAGCCAGGCGGGUGAGUAGCGUGUGCGGCGAAAGCCAGUCCUGGGCCUGCAGCCCAGCACACAGCAGGGCUCCUGCUGUGGGGAGCGACCCAUCAGCCCUAGGGCCCUGCUCCCCAUCGUCUGGCACAGGGUGCUCCAGCCGCCAUGUGGCUGGGCCUGCCUGAAUGUGAGCAGGGGAGUGGGCAGGCAGGGGGAGCAGAUGGUGUGGGCUGGAGAGCAGACCCCAGCAGGGCGUCACCCAAAUCACGGGCAGUGCUGAGAGCGGAGAAGGCGUUAGGGCCGUGCCUGCACACUGGGCUGGGCCCAGGAGCUGGGCUCCAGGGCUCAGCUCUGGAGAAGGCCUGGCCGUGCCAUGCCAGCUCCUGGGGAGGGACAAUUUCCUUCCCUUCAGAAUGGGCCGGAGCAGACCUGGGUCUAGCCUGUCCAACCGGUCGGGGACUCAAUGUGGAGAACAGCAUGUGGGUCCCGGGCAGAGAGCACAGCAGGGGG